AUGAACUGGAGCAAGUUCAGGGGAGGGCCACCGAGAUGGGCAGGGCUGGAGCACUUGCCCUAUGUAAAUGAAAUUCAAAGAUUUUCAGAUUUUCCACUGUCAAAGAAAACUCUAAAAGGAUUGCAAGAAGCUCAGUAUCGCAUGGUAACUGAGAUUCAGAGGCAAACCAUAGGUUUGGCUUUACAAGGUAAAGAUGUUCUUGGAGCUGCAAAGACUGGAUCAGGCAAAACUUUGGCUUUUGUUGUCCCGGCUUUGGAAAUCUUGUAUCGCCAUCAGUGGACUUCAGCAGAUGGAUUGGGAGUUUUGAUAAUAUCGCCUACCCGGGAACUGGCAUAUCAAACCUUUAAAGUUCUGCGUAAAGUGGGAAAAAAUCAUGACUUCUCAGCUGGCCUUAUAAUUGGAGGAAAGGAUCUGAAAGAAGAGUCUGAGAGAAUCCACCACAUCAAUAUGCUAAUUUGCACUCCAGGACGGCUUCUGCAGCACAUGGAUGAAACUUCAUAUUUCUAUGCAUCUGAUCUACAAAUGUUGAUUCUUGAUGAAGCUGAUAGAAUUCUAGACAUGGGGUUUGCUGAGACAAUGAAUGCAAUCAUAGAAAAUCUACCUAAGAAACGCCAGACCUUACUUUUUUCAGCAACACAAACGAAAUCGGUGAAGGAUCUUGCACGGCUGAGUUUGAAAGAUCCAGAAUAUGUUUGGGUUCAUGAGAAAGCCAAAUUCAGUACCCCGGCAACUUUGGACCAGAACUAUAUUGUUUGUGAGCUUCAACAAAAAGUAAACAUGUUAUACUCUUUCCUGAGAAGUCACCUGAAAAAGAAGAGUAUUAUCUUUUUUGCAAGCUGUAAAGAGGUCCAGUAUUUGUUCAGAGUGUUCUGUAAGCUUCAACCCGGUGUGCCUGUUUUGGCACUCCAUGGCAAACAGCAUCAGAUGAAGAGAAUGGAAGUCUACAAUUGUUUUGUUCGGAAAAAGGCAGCAGUACUUUUUGCUACAGAUAUCGCAGCUCGUGGCCUCGAUUUUCCCGCAGUGAACUGGGUCAUUCAGUUUGAUUGUCCAGAAGAUGCAAAUACGUACAUCCACAGAGUGGGAAGAACAGCCAGAUACAAAGAAGGUGGUGAAGCUUUGUUAGUAUUGCUUCCUUCAGAAGAAAAAGGCAUGGUGGAACAACUGGCACAGAGGAAAGUACCUGUCAAUGAAAUCAAAAUCAACCCUGAAAAACUUACAGACAUUCAAAAGAGGAUGCAGGCUUUUUUAGCCCAAGAUCAGGAGUUAAAAGAGAGAGCUCAACGGUGUUUUGUAUCUUACUUGCGUUCAAUUUACUUAAUGAAGAAUAAGGAAGUAUUUGAUGUUUUCAAAUUGCCUCUAGCAGAAUAUGCCCUAUCACUUGGUCUUGCGGUGGCACCCCGUGUGAGAUUUCUUCAGAAAGCUCAGAAACAAUUAUCUGUGAAUGAGAUAGCUGAAGAGACAGAUCACUUGAAGGAGACAAAGCAAAAUAAAAAUGUCAGCUCCUCAAUAAGCAAAGAAGUAGAGAAAUACAGAACUAAUUUCAGUGGAGAGGUAUCUGUUGACAAAACAAAUGAAGAGGAUGGAAGGAAAGAAACCGAGGAAUAUCCUUCUUCCAGUGGAGGUACUGAUGAUGGUGAGUCUGAGGAGGAAUUGAAAGAGGUAUUUGAGGAGGAAGAGGAGAAGGAAGUUCCAGUGUUAAGCAGGGUUCCAAAUGCAGACUCCAUACCGUUCUUUGAAGAUGAUGACGACGACGAUGAUGAUAGAGAUCUUGAUUUGCUGACAGUGAAACGACGGAAUGUUUUUGGUAUCGAAGCUAGAGAUAAUCCAGCACUGGUUGGGGACCCAAAGGAGAUGUGCUGCUUCGCAGUGGAGGUUACUGAAGAGUUAGCUGAUGGGAGGCCCGGAGCGCUCACCCAGCGGCACGUCCGUCCGAGUAACUCAAGCUGGUGUGCCGCAACGUCUGCGUACGCCCUCAUCGCAAGCUGCACGGAAGUGAAUGCCUCAAACUCAAAGGUGAAGAAAAAAGCAACUAAAACACAAGAAGCCAAAAAAAUCUUAAAGAAGAAAUUUAAAGUCAACACAAAAAUAGUCUUUACUGAAGACGGAGAGUUAGUGCAGCAGUGGCCGCCUGUGCAAAAAUCCAGUUUGGCAAAAGCAGAUGAGGAAGAUGACGCCAGUGGUAUUAACUUAGAUAAAGUGAAAGAGAUACUGCGGGAAGAAGACAAAUUUGACAAAGAAGAAUACAGGAAGAAGAUUAAAGAAAAACACAGGGAGAAAAGGCUAAAAGAAAAAGCAGCAAGGAGAGAAGCCAGGAACCAAAAUGCAGAGGAUGGAGUGGAAACAGUGGCCUUUCUUGGUCACAGUGGAAGUGAAGAAGAAUUUGAUCCAAGUACUCUUCCAGAUCCUGAUAAAUACAAAGAUUCUGACCAGGAGCGUGAUUCAGAAAGCGAAGACAGCUACGGUGAACCUGAGGAGAGGAGUGGAAGAGAGAAAAGAAGCUGUAGUAACAGCAGUGCAGCAGAAGAGCCGCCACUGAAAAGAAAGAAGGCUAAAUUGAGCCAUGAGGAAGACCCCUUUAUGCCAUUAGAUACUGGGCUUUCCCUGGCAGAGGAUGAAGAGCUUGUGCUACAUCUGCUCAACAGUAAUAGCUAAUAAUUUUCCUGCAAGUUUUCUUUUCUGGGACAUCUUCACUCUUUUGUCAGUAAUCUGCGCAAGAGCAGUUUGGCAUCUGGGGAGACGGGUACCAGUGGACGGAGAUAAAUGAGCUCAUGGACAACGAGCUUGCCUCUCAUCAGCUCGUAGAUUAUAGACAAGGUUUAGCUGUUCCGUGAACAUAUUAGGAUAUGUCGUUUUGAUUUAUAAGGAUUUCUAAAGCAACUUUCCAAACGAAAUCCGCAGAUGACAUUUUACAGUAUAACAUUUAUAAUUGGAGCCCUCCAGGUUUUGAAGAAAUCAUCAUUUUUAAAAUUCUAAUGUUACUUUAAAUAAAAACAGGAUGUGCCCUU